GUGUCUUCACCAACAAAGUACGCACAUACAAGUACCAUCCCCUCCUACCGCCACAGAUCAUCAUCUCUCAACUUCUCUUUCCAAAGCCUAAACAAAGAACAGGGAUCUCUCUCUCUCUCUCUCUCUCUCUCUCUCCAUUUUUUUGUUAAUAUCCGGGGGAAUGGCUAGACCAACCCAAGAUGCAAUCGAUAAUUUCAUGAGAAUCACCGGCGCGUCACAUUCACACGCGGUGCGAAAACUGGAGGAAUAUGGAGGCAAUCUUGAUGAGGCUGUGAAUGCACAUUUUAAUGAAGUGGAAAGACACAUUACAAAUCCAGCAUCUUCUGUUUCUCCUCAAUCUAAUUAUGUGGACACAAGCAAUCAAAUGCAAACUGGUUCACGUGGAAUUUUACCAUUUCUGUCUGCUGCUAGAAGUUUCAAGCCUUCAUUGCUACUUGAUCCCAAUUACAGGAGAAGUCUCUUGAACCAAUUUGGUGCUUCUGUUUUCACUAGUAAUGAGCCAUUACAUUCACGCAUGGGAGAAUUCAACAAUGGCUCUGAGCCGCCUUAUCAUUAUGGAGCAAGGCCACAAUUUGGGGAUGAAGAUCGAACUUCAUCAACUCAUGGUCAUCAAUUUCAUGGAAAUGUCUCAAGGGAUCAAGAAGCACAUUUGCAUGGUGAUGAUGUAGAAGAACAAAUGAUUCAAUUUGCUAUUGAGGCUUCUAAGCAGGAGGACUCCUCAGGUACUCUGCAAAGGCAGCGUCAUCCGGAAGAUGAUGAACUUGCUCGUGCAAUAUCAUUGUCCCUGAAGACGGCAGAAUAUGAAAAGGCAAUACGUGGGCAAACAGCAGAGGACCAAAAGCAAUUGGUUGUUAACAAUUCAACUGGAAGAGCUGAGAAAACAAAUGAUGGCAAACGGCAGUUAAAGCCAGGAUGCUCAUCUUUUCAAGGGCGUGUGGAGGAUUUGCAAGAACAGUCAUUGUGGGGUGGCAUUUCUUCGAGGGAGCUUGAUGAAGCAAUGCUUCUUGAAGCAGCAAUGUUUGGUGAAAAUUCUGAAGGUACUUCAUCCCAACCUACUCCUCAUCCACACACUGCUGCAGAUAAAGGUAAAGGAAUUCAUCCACAGCAAGUACCCCGUCAACCAUCAGAGUCACUUAUAAAUCGGCAAUUAAUACGAGAACAGCAGGAUGAUGAGUAUCUUGCAUCCCUUUUGGCUGAUAGAGAAAAAGAAACAAGUGCCUUCAAGGAACCUGAAACUUACUUGAAGGAAGGGCAAUCUCAAAAGAAGACAAUUGAUAGAGAAUUAGAAUCUGAGAGAUUAAUAGCUGCAAAAGAAGCUUCACUUCCUCAGGAGCCAGCUGUCGAUGACACAAAUGCAGUGACUCUUCUUGUUCGUAUGCCAGAUGGCAGCCGCCGUGGACGUCGCUUUCUCAAGUCUGACAAGCUUCAGCAUCUUUUUGAUUUUAUUGAUCUUGGUAGAACAGUGAAGCCUGGAACUUACAGGGUGUUGAGGCCAUAUCCUAGACGCACCUUCUGCACUGGUGACUGCUCAUUACGUUUGAAUGAACUUGGUCUGACCAAUAAACAAGAAGCCUUGUUUCUGGAGUUGAUAUAGCCUUCCUCAAACUGUUGAAAUACGGAACACCAUAUAUUAGAUUCCGUUGGUUUAGUUUGUCUGUCGCUUUGGUUAGAGCAACAGUAAUUUGCUUAGGUUUAAAUCAAACUGAUGGCAGUGGCUUAACAGGAACUAAAACUUUAAAUCUGUUUGAAUGAUGUUAUUGUAAUUGUUGUUUGAAAAGAUCCUGUAAUGUGUUGAGCAUGAUCAGGCUAUUUGGAAAUCCAUGAGAUGAUUAAGGA